CGGACGAUCUUCUCGGCCGCGCGCCUAUAAAACGUUCGGGCCGGGCCACGCGAGCCGACAUUUCCGGACCACUCGCGCACACGGGCGCACACCUGCAGGAGACCAUCGCAAGAUGAACAGCACGAUUUUAUCGAUCGCGGUCGGCGUUGUGUUGUUCUUGGCCCCCACGCACUCCGAUGCAAACGUGCGCACCGCGAUUCCGGCGGUCAACAAUUUAAAUAGUUAUCGAAAAACGUCGGAAGGACUGGUGACAAUUUCAAACGAUUCGGACCAAUGCAAGUUCAGCCCUACGAAUAGUAACAACAACAACUACUAUACUAGAGACGCAUAUCAGACCAACAAUUUGAAAACGAGAUUCGAGAGCAGGAGUGUAUUAAGGGUGGGCGGGAAAGAAGAAGAACGUAGAUUCGAAAAGAGAAGGGUAAUAAGGUUAAAUGAGAAAGAAGAACACAGAUCCCAGAACAUGAGGGUACUAAGAGUGGAUGGAAAAGAAGAAGAACGUAGAUUCCUGUUCAGAGCUGACGAAGCCAGAAGGGUAAGGUUGACAAGAUCGGAAUCGCUGCCCGACAUAAGUCGCGAACGCUUUCGAGGUGUAAGGGAAAGAGACGUGGGUGACGUGAGAGACGCUGACCGAAGGGUUUUAGAACGAAGCGACAGACGGUUUUUGGAAAAUCGCUACGAUCAAAGAACUUUUAGACACGAAGUGAGGGACAGUAGACACGAACGGCAAGUUGGCAGGGACGUUAUGGACACGGGAAGAAGAGCAAUGGAUAUCAGACAAAGUAAUAUGGUUGAUGUUAAAGACAAAUAUGCAUCGACUUCUUGGCCAUUCUCCAGUUUUGUCCAGUCGACUAUCGGGGUGCUUGGACUUUACUAUUUUGGAAUGCACAAUAAGAGCACUACUAAAUGAUCACAUCAUAAAAACAUGUUAGUUGAUACAAGUAUCAUAAUAAAUAUACAACUAUAUUAAAGAAAUAUAAUAAUAUAUGAUAACAUUUUUCUCCACUGAA